AAGCCGAAGUACGGACUGCGCUCGGUCGUUCUUGAAGGUCAAGGUGGAUUUAGUCGGUGAAAACCGAUCGGUUGUAGUUGUGUUAUUUCGAAAAGAAAUCAAGGACCAAGGGACAAAAUGUUCUACAAGUACUGUGGAAUGACCGGGGCUCUUGUCCCAUCAACACAGCUAGCAGCAUAUCAGCCACAAGGUUUGACACCAUACAGUGGGAGAGUCUCACAGAUUCUGUUUGAUUCGGCAAAAACAAAGACUGUGGGUGAGCCUGAAGUAGCUUUCCGUGGCUCGGCCCCAGCGAGAGGUGCAGCUCCCCCUCCACCACAGUCAGUCAGUAUCCCAACAACUGGCUCCGGCAACAGAGGAAUUGUACCUGCCACUCAAGCUUACAGCAAGAUAGUUGCAUUGCAGAACCUCAUGACGAAAAAUGACGGGAAGCUGGUGUGGCAGAUGUUUGGUCGUGAUCGUGGGAUGUACAUAUUUACUCUAGGGCUCUCCGCUAUCGGUACCAUCAUGACUGGUGUUCUGCUCUACAAACUCUCCUUCCCACAGAAGCCAAAGGAUUGAUGAUGGUCCGAGUAGUUCAGAAUGUAUGUAUAAAAGAUAGUUGCUGAUGAUGCUGGGCCUGACUCUACAUGGGCACACAUCCAUGCUGGAACUACCAGGGAAUGCAGCCUUGUACAAAUCUUAAUUAAUAAAUAAUAUAUCAUA